AGGUCAUGGCUCGUACUAAGCAGACCGCUCGCAAGUCCACCGGCGGCAAGGCCCCGCGCAAGCAGUUGGCCACCAAGGCUGCUCGCAAGAGCGCCCCUGCCACCGGCGGCGUGAAGAAGCCUCACCGCUACCGGCCCGGCACCGUGGCUCUGCGCGAGAUCCGGCGCUACCAGAAGUCCACCGAGCUGUUGAUCCGUAAGCUGCCGUUCCAGCGCCUGGUGCGCGAGAUCGCGCAGGAUUUCAAGACAGACCUGCGCUUCCAGAGCUCAGCCGUUAUGGCUCUGCAGGAGGCUAGCGAGGCAUAUCUCGUUGGUCUGUUUGAGGACACCAACCUGUGCGCUAUUCACGCCAAGCGAGUCACCAUCAUGCCCAAGGACAUCCAGCUGGCCCGCCGCAUUCGUGGGGAAAGGGCAUAAUUUGAUUACAAGACCGAACAAACACAAAGGCUCUUUUCAGAGCCAC